AUGUCACGCAAGGGACGCAAAGCUGCGAAAUUGUGGUCGCUCUACCAUAAGCUCCAUGACGAUGUAGCACAGGUAUUAGACGAUGAAGGGCUUCAAAUGGAUUUCCUAGACGCCGAUGAUGAGGCAACGAAUAUCGAGGACUUGGGCACGAAUGUUAUGGGUCGAUUUAUAUGUCCAAACAGCAGCGGGUGCAUCCUACCCCUAGCAUUCUGCUCGGAACGAACGGCAAACAUUCAGAUCAACGGACAAUUGUCGGAGGCCCAAAGCCUGCCACAGGCGGGACUGCCGCAGGGCUCGCCCCUGUCUCCGAUUCUCUUUCUCUUCUUCAACGCCGACCUCGUGCAACGACAAAUCGACAGCCAGGGCGGAGCAGUCGCUUUCGUGGAUGAUUAUACCGCGUGGGUGACUGGACCAACUGCACACAGUAAUCGGGAAGGAAUCGAGACGAUUAUCAACGAGGCACUUGACUGGGAGAGGAGGAGCGGAGCGACAUUUGAGGCUGACAAGACAGCUAUCAUACACUUUGCUCCUAAGAUGCGUAAAUUCGACCAUUCGCCAUUCACCAUUAAGGGACAGACGGUGGUGCCCAAAGACCACGUCAAGAUCCUGGGUGUCUUGAUGGACACGAGACUCAAGUACAAGGAACAUAUCGCGAGGGCAGCGUCCAAGGGGCUUGAAGCAGCGAUGGAGCUCCGGCGACUCCGGGGUCUAAUCCCAGCAACCGCGCGGCAGCUGUUCACGUCGACGGUGGCACCGGUCGUGGACUACGCCUCCAACGUCUGGAUGCACGCGUGCAAGGAUAAAGCCAUGGGGCCGAUCAAUCGAGUCCAAAGAGUCGGCGCGCAGGCCAUUGUGGGGACAUUUCUCACGGUCGCGACCAGUGUCGCAGAGGCAGAGGCUCACAUAGCUCCCGCACAGCGUCGAUUCUGGAAACGGGCCGUGAAAAUGUGGACAGAUACUCACACCUUGCCGGAAACCAAUCCUCUCCGCCGGUGUACAGGUCAAAUCAGAAAGUUCAGACGAUAUCACCGCUCGCCGCUUUAUCAAGUAGCCGACACGCUGAGGAAUAUCGAUAUGGAAACGCUGGAAACCAUCCACGCGUUCACCUUGGCACCGUGGGACGCACGCGUGCGCACAGACGUCGCGGCAGUGCCGCACUCACUGGACGAAUCGGGCGGGUCUAUGCAGAUCGCAAUCAGCGGCUCGGCGCGGAACGGGCUAGUAGGGUUUGGGAUCGCGAUCGAGAAGCAGCCUCCUCGGUACCGAAAACCGAGACUGAAAGCCCUUUCCAUCACACUGGGUGUACGAUCAGAGCAAAACCCAUUCUCUGCGGAGCUCGCCGGAAUGACACACGCACUGAAAAUGCAAGUGGCACUGAAGAAUUACAGGAUUACGCUACUCACGAGCAACAAAGCGGCGACUCUCACAGUCAGGAACCCUCGACAACAGUCGGGCCAGGACUUUGUGGCUCAAUUGUACAAGUCGAUGGAAAGAAUGCGAAGGAACGGCAACCGGAUCGACAUCGUUUGGGUCGCCGUAAGCGAGAAUAACAGAUUGUUGGGCCUGGCUAAGGAACAGGCCAGGACCGCGACCCACGAGGACGCUCUCGUCCAAGUACAGGUGCCGAGGAUGAAGUCAACGACCCUGAAUCUCGCACAGUCCCAGGUGAACCCGGGCAAAAGCCUGCCAGAGAAUGUCGGGAAACACGUGAAACACGUAGACUCCGCGCUUCCAGGAAAACACACUCGACAGCUUUACGAUCGCUUAUCGUGGAAAGAAGCAAGCGUGCUCGCUCAACUCCGGACGGGCAUGGCCAGACUCAAUGGAUACCUCUCUCAGAUCAACGUGGCUGAGACAGAUCAAUGUGCGUGCGGACAAGCCAGAGAAACGGUAGAGCACUUCCUCUUUCGCUGUCGGAGGUGGACGGCGCACCGGACAAGACUACUACAAUGUACGGACACUCAUCGAGGCAACAUAUCCUACUUUCUCGGCGGCAAGUCGCUGGCCGACGACCAGAACUGGACGCCAAACUUGGAAGCAGUGCGAGCCUCCAUACGGUUUGCAAUCGCCACGGGUCGACUUGACGUCAUAUAA